CGCCCCGAUGUUUGUGGGAGUGAUUUCGGGAGGGAGAGUGCGAGCUGGAGAGAUCUCUUGCUCACGGUGAAACACAGCUUUGGGGAACUACCCUGUGUCCUGGGGUCUGUAAACCUCCCCUCCCACACCCGAGCGGAUCUGUUUCUGAGAGGGGACAAUGUCGGUUCCAGCCGUCAGCCCACAGACCCUCACCGUCACCAUCAACCCCCUCACCCCGGCCGGGACUGACCUCCCUCCCACACCCCCCCCCACUGCACACCUGCAGAAGUUUCUGGAAGGGGAGCCCAAGGCACUGGGGGUCACACAGAUCCUGAAUGGGCUGGUUCAGAUUUCGUUCGGCAUUCCACUCAGUGUGGCCACUGACUUCCACUCAAAGCUUCUGGGCUCCCCCUUUGUCAUCGGCAUCAUGUUCAUCGUGUCAGGGGCAUUGUCCAUCGCUGCAGAGAAGGAUCCCAACAUCAAACUGCUCCGAGCCUGCCUGACCUGGAACGUGGUCAGUGGAUUCCUGGCAGCCGCUGGUGGGAUCAUUUACGUGACUGACAUCCUGGAUAUCCUGCACUGCACUGGGAGCUACACACAGUGCACACAUGCACGGGACUUCUACAUCAUCUCGUACGUCACUGUUGCCAUCCUCCUGCUCUUCACCCUCCUGCAGCUCACCGUCUGCAUCACCGUCUCAGCGUUCGUCUGCAAAUCCACACGGUGCUGCAGCCCCUACAGCAGCAUGCCAUUGAUGAUUCACGAUGGGAAUAUGGACGACGAUUCGUGAAGCCUCCCCAGUUGAGUUGCCUGAUUUUGCCCAGGAUCCCAUUUAUUGUUUUAAUGCUUUGGAAGCCAGUCCGCGAAGUGUGUGUUCCUGGUGUGUGCUCACGCCGCUGUGUGAGGUGGUGAACGGGUGUUCCAUCUGAGUGCAUCUGUGAGACUGUGUUUUCGCAUGUGUGUACAUACCUGUGUGUGUCUGUGAUUGUGUGUGUGUGUGUGUGUGUGUGUGUGUGUGUGUGUGUGUCUGUGCGUGUGUGUGUGUUUGAGUGUGUGUGAG